AUGCAGGAAGAGACGAUAAGUGAUCCAUACGGAGAGAUUGAGAUAAGCUUUGGCUACCAAUGCAACAACAACAAGAAGAAGAACAAGAUUGUUGGAAUCCCUGAAGAUAACAUUCCUGAUGGCCGUGGCGGCGUUCUUGCUGGCUUCAGGCUUCACAAGACGAGCAGCUUCUCUUGCCUCUCAGGAGCCGCGUUAAGCGGGAACCCAACGUUAGCCAACACGAACAUCUGCAACGGAGUGAUCGGCACCGAGAUCUUGCCGUCUCUCGACUCUCCAAGAUCCUUCAGGAAAGUCCCCUCCUCUCCAGCGCUCUCCAAGCUCGACAACAUCCUCUCCCCUUCUCUCCAUGGAAGCAUGGCGAGCUUAAGCUGCAGCUCCUCCACUACAAGCCCGAGCCCUCCCGAGCCGGAGUCUUGCUUCUUGACGUCGAUGAGCUCUCCUUCUUCCGUGAACAACGAAGGGUUUCUUCUCUCUGCCAUGGAGGUUCAAGUUGCCGGCGGCGCUGCAGGGGAAGACAGGGUUCAGGCUGUUUGCUCUGAGGAGAACGGUUGGCUCUUCUGCGCGAUUUACGAUGGUUUCAAUGGGAGAGACGCUGCUGAUUUCUUGGCUUGUACUUUGUAUGAGUCCAUUGUGUUCCAUCUCCAGCUUCUUGAUCACCAGAUGAAGCAAGAUGAUGAUGUUGUUGGAGAGAAGAAGCCUGGUUUGUUGUUGUCAGACUCGCAAGGAGUGUUGGAUUGCUUGAACCGCGCGCUUCUCCAGGCGGAGAAUGAUUUCUUGAGGAUGGUUGAGCAAGAAAUGGAGGAGAGGCCGGAUUUGGUGUCGGUUGGUUCUUGCGUUCUGGUGACUCUUCUUGCUGGGAAGGAUCUGUAUGUUCUGAAUCUUGGUGAUAGCAGAGCUGUUCUAGCGAGCUAUGAUGGUGAUAGGAAGCUGCAAGCUGUUCAGCUGACGGAGGAUCACACGGUUGAUAACGAAGUGGAGGAAGCUAGGCUGUUGAGUGAGCAUCUUGACGAUCCCAAGAUCGUUAUUGGUGGGAAAAUCAAAGGGAAGCUUAAAGUGACUCGUGCCCUAGGUGUUGGUUACUUGAAGAAGGAGAAGCUGAACGAUGCACUGAUGGGGAUUCUGAGAGUGCGUAACCUUUUGAGUCCGCCUUACGUUUCAGUGGAACCGUCGAUGAGAGUUCACAAGAUAACGGAGUCGGAUCACUUUGUGAUCGUUGCGAGCGAUGGUUUGUUUGAUUUCUUCAGCAACGAGGAAGCGAUCGAGCUUGUUCACUCUUUCAUUUACAGUAACCCUUGUGGUGAUCCGGCGAAGUUUCUACUUGAACGUCUUGUAGCUAAAGCUGCUGCUCGUGUUGGCUUCACGUUGGAAGAAUUGAUGAAUGUUCCGGCUGGUCGGAAACGGCGAUAUCAUGACGAUGUGACUGUGAUGGUGAUCACUCUCGGAACGGAUCAACGGACCUCGAAGGCUUCUACUACGUUCGUGUGA